GCGGCGGUAAUGGAGCUCGGGGCGGCUGCAGUCAGGCUGUGCUGAGGCGACUAGGCCCCGAAUGGACAUCUUCCUCUCUCUCUCUCCUCUUCCUCCUCCUCCUCCUCUCGGCCGUUGGUCCGCUCCGCUCCGUCCUCCCUCGCCACUCGCCAACUCCCGACCCGAGCCCCGAGCCCCGAGCCCGAGCCCGAGCUGGGGACUUGAGUGUGUAGAGAAUGGAACAAGCUGAAGGCUCAACAGGCGAGAGGGAAAGUUGAGGAUGCGGGGGCAACACGAUGGAUCUCUCCUACUCAUUCAUGAAAGGUAUCAUGGGAAACACGAUACAGCUGCCACAACAACUUAUUGAUUCAGCCAACAUGAGGCAGGUUCCUGAUGUUCUCAAUGCCGCCAGUGGUAUCGGGGAAGACAGAGGGCAAACCUACGAAGCUUCCUUACAGCAAGGCUUUAUCUACCCUGCUUCCAGCGCUGACAGUAUCCCACCAGUUACCAACGGCUACGCCAGCGUAAACCUAUACGACGCCCCAAACAAGUACGCAGGAUACUCUCAGCUGCCCAAUGGCUCUGCCAACGGCUAUGGAACGUACAGAAACUUGGCCUCCGCCGACUAUUACGCGGUGGAGAACUGCAUCGUCAAGCCGCCGGAGAUCCAGGAGAAAGCGCCCUCGCCUCCUGCCUCCGAGCCCGCCACGCCAAAGAAGACGGGCUCCCCCGAGAUCAAGCUGCGCAUCACCAAGACCUACCACAACGGCAAGGCGCUGUUCGAGUCCUCGCUGUGCGGAGACCUCCUGAACGAGGAGCAGGCGCAGUCGCAGGCCCAGUCGCCCCUGGCGGCCGCCCGCGAGCAGAAGAGGGAGAAGAAGAAGAGGAAAAAGCACGACUCCUGCAGCGGGGAGGAGCAGACCAGGAAGAAGGUCAUCAAAGCGGAGCCCGAGGAACACAAAGUCCCUCACUUGCCAGCCUUCGGAGGCCAGAGUGCAGUUACAGCCCAGUACCAGAUUGGGGAUCUGGUGUGGUCCAAGGUUGGCACGUACCCCUGGUGGCCUUGUAUGGUCUCCUCCGACCCCCUGCUGCAGAUUCACACGAAGAUCAACACACGAGGUGCCCGGGAAUACCACGUGCAGUUUUUCGGGAGCAUACCAGAAAGAGCCUGGGUUCACGAGAAGAGAGUGGCGCCUUACAAGGGUUGCUCACAGUACGAGAUCCUGGUGGCAGAGACAGCCCGACAGGCCAGCAGCACAGCCGAGAAACAAAAGAUCCUCAAGCCCAUAGCACAGCGAGUGCGUCCUCAAUGGGAUGUUGGCAUCGCUCAGGUGGAGGAAGCGUUGAAGAUGACCUUGGAGGACCGGAUAGCACAGUACACCUUCAUCUAUGUCGACCCGCCACUCGAAACCUCGCUGGAGUCCAACAAGUCGCCAGCGACACUGAAAUCCGAGGUGAAGAGGAGCAGAAAGCCUCGGAUGUUCCCCAGGGCGGAGCAGGAGGAGUCGGAAAGGCACCUGGAUUCUCCCAGCCCGGCCUCUGCGGGAGACGGGAACGGGCACGGGCACCCGGGCGAAAGGGAAGCCCCAAAAAUGGCCUGGAGGACUGCAGCGGCCAGGAAAUCGCUGCCGCCCUCUCUCGCCAACCUGAAGGUCGAGAAGAGAAACGGCGGCAGCUCGGACUGCGACGUGCUGCCAGUCGCUAAGUCCGAUCAGGUACUGUCGGUCCAGGAGCAAGGAACCCCAGGGACCUGCGUCAAUCAGUAUUUAGUUGUCUCUAAGAAGGAACUUACAAGGGGAACGUGUAUUAAGACAGAUGUGUCUGGCAGAGAAGUGGACAAGGUAGCCAUCACACCCAUAGACUUGCAGAGCGACCAACAGGAGCCUGAGACGCACUACUCCACAUAUGGAGACCUUUUAGCAGGUUCUUUGGAAAGAAAGCAGCAAAGAAGGUGCGUCAGAAGCCGCUCGGAGUCCGAGAAAUCCGUGGAGGCUGUGCCAAAAAAGAAAAUGCGUAAAGAACAGGCAGAAGACAUGCCAGUAACAGCAGAGAAACUAGGCCCACAAAGAGGCGGUUGCUUACCUUACACACAAGCAUCUGCCCUGAGUUCAGCCCUGCCAGGUGCCAGCGAACUUUCUGACGCCUGUAAGCCGUUGAAAAAGCGCAGUCGAGCUUCCACUGACGUGGAAAUGACCAGCUCCAGUUACAGGGAAGUGAACGAUUCUGAUUGCAGAGGCCUGGUUAGCCUGGAGAAGAGAGCGGACAGCCCCCCGGGGCCUACAGACGGCGAUGCCUCGGACGGUACAUCCGUGGAUUCGUGUCUGUCCAGGCGCGGCUCAGGAGCCUCCAGGAAAGAUAACAUCUGCCAGAUCUGCGAGAAACCUGGCGAGUCGCUGGUGCCCUGCGAGGGAGAAUGCUGCAGAGUCUUUCACCUGGAGUGCCUGGGUUUGGCAGAGUUACCCAAUGGGAAGUUCACGUGUAUGGAAUGCACGACAGGAAAUCACACUUGUUUCUCGUGUAAGGUGUCUGGGAAGAUCGUGAAGAGGUGCUCGGUGAAUUCGUGCGGGAGGUUUUACCACGAGUCGUGUUUGAGGAGUUACUCCACUGCCAUGUUCGAAGGGAAAGGUUUCCGCUGCCCCUUGCACUGCUGUCUGGCUUGUUUGGCCGACAACCGGGAAAUAGCGAAGGCAACCAAAGGCCGAAUGCUGCGAUGCCUGCGGUGCCCCACAGCUUACCAUACAGGCGAGGGCUGCAUUGCAGCCGGGAGCCUCGUCCUCUCCAACCACAGCAUCAUCUGUAACAACCACUCCAGCGCCAAGAAGGGAAAUCGAGCUGCCCUUUCCCACGUAAACGUAAGCUGGUGCUUUAUCUGUGCCAGAGGGGUAAUUGAGCAACAUCAAUCCGAAUCCCUUUUCAGUUCUUAUGCAUAUAAGUCGCACUACCUAUUGAGCGAGUCAAAUCGUUCUGCUGAGUUGCUGAAAUUAGCCAUGAUUCCUCCCUCACCAUCAGCCACAGUAAAGAAAUGUGGGAAAGGUGGACAUCUCUUAUGCUGUGAGUCCUGCCCGGCAUCCUUCCAUCCCGAGUGUCUUAACAUUGAGAUGCCGGAAGGCAGCUGGUAUUGCAACGACUGUAAGGCUGGCAAGAAACCACGCUACAAGGAAAUCGUCUGGGUCAAGCUGGGCAUCUACAGGUGGUGGCCGGCUGAGAUCUGCAACCCCAAAUCUGUGCCGCUGAACAUACAAGCGAUGAAGCAUCACAUCGGCGAGUUUCCCGUACGUUUCUUCGGAUCCAACGAUUAUUACUGGGUUCAUCAGGGCCGAGUCUUUCCUUACCUGGAAGGAGACAAGGGCAACGUGUCCGACGGCAGGACCGGGAGCAUUAACGAGACCUUCAAAAAGGCACUCGAGGAGACCACCAAGCGAUUCCGGGAGCUAAAGGCUCUGAGAGAGAGCAAGGAAGCUCUGGAGAACGAACGUAAUGAACGGAAGCCUCCGGCCUACAGAUUUGUUAAAACCAACAAACCGAUCGGAAAGGUGCAGAUCUACACGGCCGACCUCUCGGAAAUCCCCCGCUGCAACUGCAAGCCGACCGACGAGAGCCCCUGCGGGCUGGAGUCCGAGUGCCUGAACAGGAUCCUGAUGUACGAGUGUCACGCAGACGUGUGCCCGGCUGGGGAGCACUGCCAGAACCAGAGCUUCUCCAAGAGGCUGUAUCCCGACACCGAGCUGGUCAAGACCGAGGGCAGAGGGUGGGGGCUGCGGACUAAAGUGGACAUUAAAAAGGGACAGUUCGUGAACGAGUAUGUGGGUGAGCUUGUUGAUGAAGAGGAAUGCAGAAAACGCAUCAAACACGCUCACGAAAACAACGUCACAAACUUCUACAUGUUAACCUUAACCAAGGAUCGGGUCAUCGAUGCGGGGCCGAAAGGAAAUUACUCGCGUUUCAUGAACCACAGCUGCAACCCAAACUGCGAGACCCAGAAGUGGACGGUCAGCGGGGAUACACGAGUUGGGCUCUUCGCUCUGUGCGAUGUGCGGGCAGGGUCCGAACUAACUUUCAACUAUAAUUUGGACUGUUUGGGCAACGGCAAGACCAUCUGUAAAUGUGGAGCUCCGAACUGCAGUGGUUACCUGGGGGUGCGUCCAAAGACCGCAGCCGCCACAGCCAACGAAGAGAAGGCGAAGAACGCGAAGAAGAAGAUGAAGAGGCGCAAGACGAAGAUGGACGUGCGGAAGAUGCACGAGGAUUACUGCUACCGGUGCGGGGACGGGGGAGAACUAGUCAUGUGCGACAAGAAGGACUGCCCCAAAGCUUACCACCUCUCCUGCCUUAACCUGACCAAACCGCCCUUCGGCAAAUGGGAGUGUCCGUGGCAUCACUGUGACGAGUGUGGGAACCCAGCCACCACCUUCUGCGAUUUCUGCCCCAAUUCCUACUGCAGGGAGCACCAGAAGGGAUCCUUCACGGCCUGCGGGCUGGACGGUCGGCUCUGCUGCUCCGACCACGAGCCUGGCUUCCAUGCGGAGUUUGACAGGGCCUCGUCCGUCAGUCUCCCAAACCACUCCGCCACUGAGGACACCAGCGAGGAAGCCCUGGAGUAAAAUAAAAGGCGUCCGCACUGGACUGGACUGGAGCGGAGCGGACAGAAGAGGCCAAAAGGGCCGUGUGUAACUCUCCGACCCGGGUCUUUAACGGGCUCUGGGUCUUGUACAAAAAAAACCACAUGUUUUCGUUGCGAAAGGAGUGGGGGAGAGAGAGCUCGGAAACUCGGGAGUUAGUAAGUAAACACGACGACCAAAAGAUUGUUCGAGUCCACGCUUUGGACUCGCUUGGUGACAAACCUGGUACUUUUUGAGAGGUAAACCCUCCCCUUUACCUUGUUACGCCUGUGUUUAAUUUUGUGUCUU